GAUUUUGCAUUUCAAGGCAGGGAGCCUGUAUGUAAACAGUACAGAUCUCUCCCCUGUCAGCUCCUGCACACUGCUUUGUAUGGCUCAGCAUAGCAGAGCCAUACAAAGCAGUGUGCUUACAGUGUAAAGCACACACACAACACACAGUGAAACAGCACACAGUUAACCCUUUGAUCACUCCAGAUGUUAACCCCUUCCUGCCCAGUUUCAUUAGUACAGUGUCAGUGCUUUUUAUUAGCACUGAUCACUGUAUUGGUGUUACUGGGGAUGUCAGUGACACUUGUCAGUUCCCCUCUCAGUAUCACAAUGCCCACCACAGUCCCACUAUAA